UGUCACCACCUUUUCUAGGAAAAACCGUUGUCAUUCUUGUUUUCGUUUUCUCUUUGGACUUUUCUCUUCCAUAUUCCUAUCCUCACCAACUUCAAAGUUUACCAAUCUCGCCGCCAAUUCAACUUUGUUCGCAUAUUCCUUCCUCGCAUUCAUCGUUACAUUACUCUUCCUUUCACAUUCUAUAUUUCUAUACUUAAAAGUUCAAACCAUAAAUAAAUAUCAUCAUAACACACACACACACACACACACCAAAAAACAACGUCUUCAUUAACCAAGCACGUUUAAUCAUCAUCAUGAUAUCACAAGUCAAGUAUACAUCUUCAUUACCCUUUACCAACUUUGGUUCAUCAAACUUUAUUCCAAGGCCUAAACUAUGCACAUUACCCAUUGUUCAGCAUGUUGGAAAGAACACAAAUAACCUCUCUUUGUCUUCUCUAAAACCUCUUUACAUAUCAUCCACUGAAAACUUCAGUUUCUCAACAACCAAACUCACAAGGAGGGAAACUGAGUGUCAUGCCUAUGAAGCAGAUAGGUCACAGCCCUUGGAGAUUAAUAUUGACAUAGCAGGAGAACAAGCAGCUCAAAAACUCAAAAUUGGUUUGUAUUUUGCAACAUGGUGGGCUUUGAAUGUGGUUUUCAAUAUUUACAACAAGAAGGUUUUGAAUGCUUUUCCUUAUCCUUGGCUUACUUCCACUUUGUCCCUUGCUGCUGGUUCUCUCAUCAUGUUAAUCUCAUGGGCCACAAGGGUUGCUGAAGCCCCUAAAGUUAAUUUGGAGUUUUGGAAGGCCUUGUUUCCUGUUGCUGUGGCACAUACAAUUGGGCAUGUUGCGGCUACUGUGAGUAUGUCCAAAGUUGCAGUUUCAUUUACACACAUAAUCAAAAGUGGAGAACCUGCUUUCAGUGUUCUUGUAUCAAAAUUCUUGCUUGGUGAAGCGUUCCCUUUACAAGUUUACCUUUCACUACUACCAAUUAUUGGAGGUUGUGCACUUGCUGCUGUCACAGAACUUAAUUUCAAUAUGAUUGGGUUUAUGGGGGCUAUGAUAUCCAAUGUGGCCUUUGUGUUUAGGAAUAUAUUCUCAAAGAAGGGAAUGAAAGGAAUGUCUGUUAGUGGAAUGAACUACUAUGCUUGUCUCUCCAUAUUAUCUCUAUUGCUUCUCACCCCUUUUGCUAUUGCUGUCGAAGGCCCAACGAUGUGGGCUGCUGGCUGGCAAACAGCAGUGUCCCAGAUUGGUCCCAAUUUUGUCUGGUGGGUAGCCGCACAGAGUGUGUUCUAUCACUUGUACAAUCAAGUCUCUUAUAUGUCUCUGGAUCAGAUUUCUCCAUUAACAUUUAGCAUAGGGAACACGAUGAAGAGAAUCUCGGUUAUUGUCUCUUCGAUCAUUAUCUUCCACACACCAAUUCAGCCAAACAAUGCCCUUGGUGCUGCAAUUGCAAUCCUCGGCACCUUCCUCUAUUCACAGGCCAAACAGUAAUGACUAGUUUAGAAGCUGCUAUAUCUAUAUGCAAGACACAAUUGAUGUUGCUGAGAAAAUUAUACAUUUAAUUCAUUAACGAGUCAGUAGAAAUUCAAGCUGCUUAAUUUGAGGCGAUAGAGUUAUUUCAAUUUGAACUUUUUUUUUUUCCUUUUCAUUUUUAAUGUCUAGAUGAGAUUUUGUUUCUUCCCUGUAAUCGGAAGUUUAAAACGAUGUACUGCAGUAAAUAAGAAUAAUGGUUCAGAAAUGUUGUAAGUUGAGGCUGAAUAUUUCUUUUGACAAUAUUUCAUUGAGGUUGUUCGUUACCAAUA